ACGAAGAACCCUGGCGCACCCUGACCCCGGCCUUCUUCGUCUAGAGAGUAACCCGGCCGCUCUUCUACCCCCAAACCCUAACCCCCCGAAGCUCCGCCGCCGCCGCCGCCAGUUUCGGAGAUGUCGCACUUCGGGCGCUCCGGGCCGCCGGCGAUUCGCGACUCAUUCUCCCUCCUCGUCCUCAAUGUCUCCUUCCGCACGACGGCCAACGACCUCUUCCCGCUCUUCGACCGCUGCGGCGAUGUCGUCGACAUCCACAUCCCCCGCGACCGCAGGACUGGGGAUUCACGGGGGUUCGCGUUCGUGAGGUACAAGUACGAGGACGAAGCGCAGAGGGCCGUUGACAAGCUUGAUGGGAGGAGAGUGGAUGGGAGGGAUAUCAUGGUGCAGUUUGCCAAGUACGGCCCCAAUGCUGAAAGGAUUCAAAAGGGAAGGAUUGUGGAGGAAAUUCCGAAGCCAGGGGGUCGCCCCAGAAGCCGCAGUCCAAGACCGAGGUAUCGAGAUGAUUACCGGGACAGAGAGUACAGAAGGAGAAGCCGUAGCAGAAGUGCAGAUAGAUAUGAACGGGACAGGCCCAGAGAUAAAGACUUCCGUCGCCGUAGCUUGAGUCGCAGUGUUAGCCCUGAUUAUGACAGGAGGCAUAGCAGGCGGAGCCGCUCACCUGCACGGAGAAGCCCUAGUCGUAGCAGAAGUAACUCACCUCGGGCAGCAACUCCUAGCAAACAGGGGCAUCACCGUUCUCCAUGCUCUCAAAGCCCGACCUAGCUGGAAUGGCAAUGCAUCUUGUCAUGGACAGCUUGAGGAUGAACACUUCAAAUCUUUGGUAAAACGGCUACGAUCUGUUUGCUUAGGCUAUGUGGUGACAACAGCGUAAUCCUUGGCAUUGCUGCAUUGGGCUUCCCACGCUGAUUCCUUACAAACAUCUGAGCACUUCCCAAGAACUACAUUAUUUUCUGUUCGUUAUCAUCUAAUUUCUUUCAUGUAUCCAUUUUAAUGCUCCUUUUCUUUGAUACUGGGUGCUUAUGAUAGAUGGUAACUUGCAUAUUUCUCGUUACAUGAUGGAGCUGGGAGGUGUUGGUUGAUAAGUGAUCCAUAUGCAAGUUGAUGACAUAA